AUGUUAGAUCCAAGAAAUGUCGACAAAUACAAACAAUUACCUCUUUCCAGAAGAACUGUAACAGAUCGAAAGCUCGAAUUAGCGCAAAAUGUAAUAGAGCAACUUCAUACAAUUAUACAAAAUGAAGAUGUUUAUUUUUUAAUUGCUUCAGAUGAAAGCACUGAUAAAACAGAUUCGGCACAAGUUUUAUAUUUUAUUCGUGCUAUAACUGAAGAUUUUCAAUGUUACGAAGAACUACUUGCGUUGGGUACACUAACUGGAAGCACUCGCGGAGCCGAUAUUUUCGAAAACUUUAAAGAAGUAUGUAAUAAAUUACAAUUGAAUGUCAGUAAUUUAGUCAGUGUCUGCACCGAUGGCGCACCUUCCAUGAAAGGCAAAAAAGAAGGAUUCGUUGCUUUGUUAAAAAAGGAAAACUUAAACUUGAAAAAAUUGAUAUCAUUUCACUGCAUUUUGCAUCAGCAAAAUCUACCAUUUUGCAAGACACUCUGGAUAGAACCAUUGCCAUUGUCAACUAUAUUCGCGUAA